GCAUAAAAAAUAAUAUUUCUUAUAUAUUGAUUCUAUUAUCUGAUCAUCAUCAUCACCUUCCUUUCCUGACGGUACAAAUAUGUUAGUUUUCUUAGCCGCAGUACGCUGCACACGGACAAGAAGAUCUGCAUGAAAAUGAGGGCGGUCUGAUGUCAUUAAUGUGCGACGCACACCAGCAUGCAUGAGUUGAAUUUCAAGUCAGUGCUGCUAACGUAUGUUAGGUUUAGUUAGGACUUGGCAAAGCCCCGAAGGGUAAGAUUUAAUUCACGGGUUGGUUUUGCCAGUUUUAUUAUUUAGCAAGGCAAAAUAUUGUUAAUUUAUUUUCAGCUGUAAACUAUACUGGAUGAUAAACAUAGUUUGCAUGUUUUCCUUUUCCUGGUUAGCUAACUAUGCAUGUGCAUAAGAGUUAGCAAGUCAGUCAAGGGGGAAGCACGAGAUUCGUCGUGUAACGUUUGCUAGACAGCUGACAAAAUAGAAUCUGCUACGACCGUGGCAACUAUAGCGAGCUCAUCGGGGUGGCAUGGUGGUGCAGUGGGUAGCACUGUCGCCUCACAGCAAGAAGGUCCUUGUCCAGAGACAUGAAGGUGACUGUAUUGGAGACUCGCCAAAUGCAUGCUGGGAUAGGCUCCAGCAACCCCUGCAACCCUGCUCAGGAUAACUGGGUGAGCCCUUACAGAAUGGCCCACAGGUGGACCGGUGGCCACUCUGCCCCCGUGCUCUGCGUGGGGGCCGCGGCGGGCCCCGCGAUGGGCCCCGAGGGUCUGCUGGCCUCGGGAGCGGAGGGCGGCGAGGUGACGGUGUGGAGCCAGGAGGGGGCGCCGCUGGCCCAGCUCAGGCUGCAGGCUGGGGAGGACGUGACGAGCGCCGUGUUCUCGUCGGCGGCCCCCGGCUCGCUCUACGCGUCCCACGGCGAGACGGUGAGCGAGCUGGACCCCCGGAACCUGAAGGGCCCAGUCCGGGAGCUCCGCGUGGGCGAGGACGAGAUCAACGGGCUGUCCCUGAACGAGACGGGUGCGCUGCUGGCCGCCGCCGACGACUCCGGGGCCGUGCGCGUGGUGGAGCUGCACAGCGGCAAGGUCAGCCGGACCCUGCGCCGCCACACCAACAUCUGCUCCUCGGUGGCCUUCCGGCCCCAGAGGCCACACAGCCUGGUCUCUGCCGGCCUUGACAUGCAGCUCAUGUUGUGGAGCCUGCAGAGAGCCCGGCCCCUGUGGGUGCUCAACCUGCAGGAGGUGGCUGAGGAAGAGGAGGGGUGCCGGCAGAACCCGGGCCAGCUCUUCAACCCGCCGCUGGUGCACUGCGUCUCGGCGGCAGCCUGCGGGAACGUGCUGGCGUGCGCGGCCGAGGACGGGCGGGUGCACGUGGUGCGCGUGGGCGGCGGCUCGGGGCCGGAGCGGCGGACGGCCCUGCAGGCCCACAGCCAGGGCGCCUCCCAGGCGCACUUCCUCAGCUUCCUGUCCCACCCUCACUGGCUGGCCACCGGGGGCAACGACGGGUGCGUGGCCCUGUGGGACGUCAGUGAGCUCGCCGCCGCCGCCGCCACGGAGGGCAAGGGCAAACCCCGCGGGCCGUCCCGCCGCAGGGGGGGCAGAGGCAGGGCGAAACCCAAAGCACAGGCCCAGGCCCAGGCCCAGGCCCAGCCUCAGCCCCAGCCCCAAGCCCAGGCCCAGGCCCAGGCCCAGGCACAGCAGGAGGACCAGGAUGAGGAGCAGGGCACCAGCGAUGAGCCAGGCCCAGAGACACCUCCUCCUGCAGGCCCGAGACUCAGCAUCAGCCACGGGGCUAAGGUGAACUGGCUGUGUCCCGCCCUGCUCAAGGGCGAGCCCUGCCUCCUGGUGGCGGACCAGAGCAGCGCACUCUCCGUGUACUCCCUCAGUGCACUGUAGGACCCCUCAGGAGCGCUGCAGUCAACCGUGUGCUCACCCCCGGGGUCCUUCUCAAAAACCAUUCAUCUGAGCACCCUACAGGGCAGAAUUAAGCAGGAGAGUGUUGGGUAGGGGUGAUGUCGAGUGCAAGUGUUAGGGAGGUGUGGUGUCGGGUAGAAGACAGUUGGGGAGGGGUGGUGUUACUGAGUCCUUACGGUACCCAAGGUCACAGUGGUACCUGAUUGUAUUUUAGGUUUGCGUGAUACGCGAUUCCUAUUUCUCUCAAAUUGUAAUUUGCGCUAUUGGUUGCCAGAAGGCUGGUAUGAGAGAACGAGGGCUGCAGAUGGGUCAUCUGUUACCAGUAAGAUUGUCUCUGCAUCAGAGUGACUAGAGCAACCCCAGCAGCUUUUUCUCUGGGAGAAAAGCAUCUCUCCAUGUCUCAAGAUUAGAAACUGCACUGAAUUUUCCAUUGUCUGCUUUGCCUGCAGAAUAUGUUCAGUGGGUUGCAUUUGUGUACCGCCAUUCUUGGAUUUCAGUCUGCUUUGCAGUGAAUUAAAUAUCUUCUGCCAAUACCGAAUAAAGGUGUCACUGUGUGGAA